UACCUGGAGGGGACUGAGAGUGUGAGUCGAGCUGACUUUUCUGGUCCUCUCUUUCCCAUCACUGAGAAGAACUGACGGUUUGUCUGCUCGAGCCUUCUAUGUUUCUGUACACACAACACGUCAUUACUCGGACAGAGCCUGUCACUGUCGUUCACGCAGAAAUUACCGGAGAAAUAAAAAAGAAAUGGACAUCAAUGAGAAACUACAUGUAAACACACACAACCUAAAACUUCUACCAAAAUAGAGUGAGAAAAAGGAAACUCAUCUGUUAAGAGUCACAGUAAUGGCCACACUCCCAGUACUCGGUGAGCCCAGGAUUGUGAUAGUUGGUGCUGGGAUUUCUGGACUGGCAGCGGCUGCCUCAUUAGUAAGUAAUGGAUUUCGAAAUGUCACUGUUCUGGAAGCUAUGGACAGGCCAGGAGGUCGAAUCCAUACAAUUAAGCCUUUUGGGACAAAUGUAAUUGAGCUGGGUGCUAAUUGGAUUCAUGGUCAGGAGGGAAACCCCAUCUAUCAGUUGGCCAUGGAACAUGGCUUGCUGGCUGAAGAGGGAACUAGCAUUACCAUGUGUGUUCCUUCGUCGAUAACGCGUCAAGAUUAUUUCUUCAGCCAAAGUGGGAAGCAGCUCCCUCCAGAACAAGUUGAGCAAGUGUGCUGUUACUUUAGUAAAUUGAUGUCAAAAGCAUUUGACCAAGAGUUGGAUGUGAAGUAUAAUUUAAGAAGUCUUGGAAGUUAUCUAGAUGAAGAGUUCAAGGCGUCUGAUUUGGCCUCCUCAGAAGAUGCCCGAAAAGUCUUUGAGUGGUGCAAGCGGAGUGAGUGUACAGACGAAGCCUGCUCCUCUCUGUAUGAGUUCUCAGUUGGUCAGCUGUGGCUAUACACUGCAUUAGAAGGAGGCUUCUUUAACUCUGUGGGAUCAGGAGGCUACCAAGCUUUAUUGGAUGUGUUUCUAAAAAGUCUGUCUCCAGGUGUCCUCUUGUGUAACAAACCAGUAAAGUGUAUCCAGUGGGGUCUGUCUGAAACAAGUAUCUCUUUUCAGGGUGCCUGUCCAGUCAGGGUGCUUUGUGAAGAUGGUCAGCAACUAGAAGCAGAUCAUGUCAUUGUGACGGCCUCCCUCGGCUACCUGCAGGACAAUUCCUCCACGAUGUUUAAGCCUGUGUUACCAGAAGAAAAGAUGAGGGCUAUUGAGAGACUGGGGUUUGGGGUGGUUAGCAAAAUCUUCUUGGAGUUUGAGAAGAGGUUCUGGCCACAAGACUGUGCCGGGAUUCAGCUGGUUUGGGAGGAAGGGCCAGAGGACAGGAAGGUUUACAAGUCAUCGUUGGGUGAUGAGGGCUGGAAGGACAAGUGGUAUAAGAAGAUCUGUGGUUUUGACAUGGUGGCUCGCCAUCCCAACGUUCUUUGUGGCUGGAUUACAGGAAGGGAAGCGGAGCACAUGGAGGGUCUCGAGGAGAAGACGGUUGGGGAGGUUUGUGUGAGGUUGCUGAGAUCCUUCACUGGCUGGGAGGUUCCUGACCCUCUCCGUGUGUUGAUGUCCCAGUGGAGGCAGAAUCCUUAUGUCCGAGGCGCCUACACCUAUAUCCCUCUCGGGGUGGAUGCAAUGAGAGAGCAAGAAGCCUUAGCAGAACCUCUGCCACUUGAAUCCUGUGACUCAAUUUCGAAGCCUCUGCAGGUGCUUUUUGCUGGGGAAGCAACACAUGUCCAGUUCUACACCACCACCCAUGGCGCAUAUCUCACAGGAGUACGGGAAGCCCAGAGGAUCAUACAGCAUUAUAGCGAUAGGCUGCAUAGCCCAAAUGGAGAAAGAGCUUCUUAGACUAAUAAUCUUCACAGAGCUUUUCUGUGACAUCACCCUUUGUAUCUUUUGAUUGAUUAAUUCCACGAAUCUUCUGGCUAAAAGUGCCCCCAUUCCAAAUGAAAAAGGAGGAAAGACAAAUCACAAACAAGAAGGAGAAACGCUGCAGUGAAAGCAGAUUUCUAAUGUCUGUAAGCACCACAAGGCCUGUCUCCCACCACAACAGAGAAACACAUUGUCUUGUAUAUGUGGUGUUUUACAAAAAGAGAAUCUCCAGAAUGUCUGUGGAUCCCCUGGGCUUUGUGGACAACCAGGGACCCCCCUACCCCAAUUUGAGUACCACCGUCCUGGGCAGAACCUGUAAUGUGUGUGCAAUAUGUGACUGUAGACAAGCAAGUACAAACUCAUGGUUAGUGGUGUCAAAUGCAGCUGUAAUGUCAAGCAUCUUUGUCUGCAUUCAGAAGCAGAUUGUUCACUACUCUGAGAAAGAAUGUUCUAGGCUAUAAUUAUCCUAAUACCAGAACAGGUAUUUUACAAAAACUAUUAGAAGAAGAAUACAAAUUUUAAAAAUAAACCCAGAAUGAUUGCAAUUUCCUUGACAUAACACAAUGUCCCAUGCCUACCACUAUUUGUGUUGUUUGGCACUCUCUGUCAGGCUAGUGAGCAAAUUGUCUUUAAAUUUGUUUAUUUACAAUGUUAAACAGUUCAAGUGUUAUGCUCUCUGCAAAAUGACAAGUGGAGACUAAUAUACAAGAAAUAUUAGAAAGAGAAAAUGUACUAACGAGAGUAGGUCAUUUCGCCUGUCAGGUUCCUAGUAACUGGUGGAGCUUAGCUCUUAAAGGAUCCCAAUUAUUUAGCAGCAAAAGGCAAGUGGAAUCCAUUAAUAUUUAAUCAGACAAUUUUUAGUUGUUACCAUGGAAACUUGCUUGUAAACAUAUCAAACUUGCCUCACCUCAAGCUCGCCGUGGUUUAAUGAUACGACUCGUAAGAUGAAAUAUGAGGGUUGUAAACUAGAACGGAGAUGGCAAGAAUCUAAAUUGCAUGUUCAUUACAUCGCAUGGAAGGGAUCCCUGGUUAAAUAUAGGAAGACUCUGGCGUUAGCUAGAUCCUCAUAUUAUUCCAAUUUAAUUGAAACAAAUAAAAAUAACCCUAGAUUUAUUUUUGCUACCCUAGAUAGAUUAAUGAAUCCUUCCCCUAAUAGUCCUACCCUUGACAUUGGCUCCUCUCACAGCUGCAAUGACUUCUUACAUUUCUUUAAAAAUAAAAUACUAGACAUCAGAAAUGAGAUUCCACAGACACCAGCACAAUUUUACCAACUACACCUAUUAAGGCUGCUAUGGGGGCUUUUUCUUUGAUUACCUUACAGGAACUGACAGAGCUAGUUCGACAAUGAGAGAUACUACAUGCUCUCUUGAUCCGAUUCCUACAAAACUAUUAUAAGAUGUUCUUGGUGUUAUUAAUACCCACAUUUUAAAAAUUAUAAAUGGUUCACUUUCCUCCAGUAUAGUUCCCUCAGCACUUAAGGUAGCUGUGGUAAAGCCUAUUCUUAAGAAACACAAUUUGGACCCUAAAGUCCUCAAUAACUAUAAGCCAAUCUCCAACCUACCAUUCUUAGAUAAGUUUCCAGAGAGAGUUGUUGCAGUUCAAUUACAAACAUUUCUAACUCUUAAUGGCAUAUUCGAAGUUUCAGUCUGGUUUUCAUGCUGCACAUAGCACCGAGAUGGUGAUACUGUAGACCAGGGGUUCACAAACUUUUUUUACCCGAGGCCCACCUGUUCAGCUGCAUUAGGCACUGCGGCCCACUAUUAGCACACCUUGGGAAAACGUCAAAUUAAAAACAUGUUAUAUGUUUAAACCUGUAACAUUCUAAACCUAAUCUAAACUGUCCUUCAUUCAUUUGAAUAAAUAUUGUGAAAGAUGGGAAUCCCAUAGCAUAUGCACCAAGUGAAAAUAAAAAAAUUGAAACAAUUUCAUUUUAGUCAAUAAAAUAAAUUGCAAAAACUUACAGACGUUUUUAUCAAACCUUUGUAUAACUGAACAUUGAUUGAUUAUUGAUUAUUUUUCUUGGUUAUCAAACAAGAAAUAAGUGCAUUCAUAAAUACCUUAACAGGAAUCACUUUCAGUAAAACAAGUACAAUGUGCACAAAAACAUAAUUAUUAAAUCCUAAUUUCUGAUCACUAACUAAACCGUCCAGCCGUUACCACUCAUGCUGAACUGUCAGGCACAAAAGACGAAUGCGCUCAAUACAGAGGGAAACGGGAGCCUUGCAGAAGUUACUUUUUUUGCCACUAAUCUGUGCAACCAAAUACAACUUGCAAAAUGACAUUCUGCUGGCUUGCAACAUCCCCGCCC